CCGCGGGCGAGAUCACUCAGCACAACGUGACGCAGCUGUUCCGAGAGGUGGCCGCCUGGGGGCGCCCGGGAGCCGCCCAGGGAGAAGCCGAGCAGGUGCCAGGCGACGCGGACGCAAGCCCGGAGCCUGCAGCCCCUGCCCUGAAAUCCUUCACUGUCCACUUCCUGUCCCUCGGUUCUGCCCAGACCCUCCACCACAAGAGCUGCUACAAGGGACGGUUUCAGCUUCUCUACGUGGCCUGUGGGAUGGUCCAUCUUCUCAGCCCUGAGCUCGGAGCCUGCGUGGCCCCCGGAGGACGCCUGAUUGUGGAACUAGCCCAGUUCCUAGUGGACCUGCGGCAGGAGCAGCUGCAGGGGUUCUCCACCCGGGUCCGGGAGCUAGCACAGUCGGCUGGAUUUGCCCCACAGCCGGGGGGCAGGCCCUCGGAGACCUUCGCACGCUUCUACAAGGCGGGAGAUUCUGCUUGCAGCCACAAGCACCCGGCUGCAGAAUCUGGGACUCUGCCCCCUGAAGUCCUGGCCCCACUCCUGUCCUCAGUGAGGCUUGAGCAGACCGGACGAGACAGGAGUCCCAGGGGCCUUCAAGGUCACUCGGGACGCCCCCUCACUGACCCUCCAAGAGCCCCUUGGCCCCCUGCUCUGCCUCCCGCAACUCCUGGCCUGAGACUCAGCAUGGCGGACAGGAGCGGCGAUGCGGCGGGGGACCCGCGCCCCGCACCGCCUCCUGUUCGACGCCGCUCCUCCGCCAAUUACCGCGCCUACGCCACCGAGCCGCACGCCAAGAAAAAGUCUAAGAUCUCCGCCUCCAGAAAACUGCAGCUGAAGACCCUGAUGCUGCAGAUUGCGAAGCAGGAGCUGGAGCGAGAGGCAGAGGAGCGGCGAGGAGAGAAGGGGCGUGCUCUGAGCACGCGGUGCCAGCCUCUGGAGUUGGCCGGGUUGGGCUUCGCGGAGCUGCAGGACUUGUGCCGACAGCUCCAUGCCCGCGUGGACAAGGUGGAUGAGGAGAGAUACGACGUGGAGGCGAAAGUCACUAAGAACAUCACGGAGAUCGCAGAUCUGACCCAGAAGAUCUUUGACCUUCGGGGCAAGUUUAAGCGGCCCACUCUGCGUAGAGUGCGGAUCUCUGCGGAUGCCAUGAUGCAGGCACUGCUGGGGGCCAGGGCCAAGGAGUCCUUAGACCUGCGGGCCCACCUCAAGCAGGUGAAGAAGGAGGACACAGAGAAGGAAAACCGGGAGGUGGGAGACUGGCGCAAGAACAUCGAUGCGCUGAGUGGAAUGGAAGGCCGCAAGAAAAAGUUUGAGGGCUGAGCUGACCUGCCCACGGCCCUGGCCGUGGCCCUGAGGAUGGCCCCGAGGAAUAAAGCUUCUCUCUGUGCUGGGA